AUGCGCUCCCAAAAUUCCCUGGUCUUUGUGCUGGCUACCCUUAUGGGUAUUGCCAAGUCUCAGAGCUUUCCUAACGAGGCCAGCCUCCCCGGAUGUGGCGAAACAUGUCUUGAUCAGCUUAUUGCACAGGCUGGCUCCUUUGGCUGCGCUGCGGACGGAGUCGGUUGUCUCUGCGCAGCUACCAACUUCCAGAAUGGUGUCCAUGAUUGUGUUGUUGGUGCCUGUGCAGCUGACCUCGUGGCCUCGGUUACAAACUAUCUCGUUGCCGUUUGCGCAACUGCUGCCGUGAAUGCUCCAGCUGCCACUUCGACACCAACCACAUCUGCGUCAGCCGUCUCACCAACGUCACAGGCUGUAACAUCCUCAAUACCGCCCACGACACCAGUGUCGUCCACUCCCGCACCUGUCACCAGCAGCUCAGUGGUGACAUCGACUCUGCCUACGACAAGUAGCCUUCCGAGCAGCACGUCCACUCCGGAGCCAAGUACUUCUACACCGGCUUCCAGCACCACACCGAGCUCGUCAAGUGAUGCACUUGUCGCUACGACUUCAACCCAGCCGACAUCCAGUUCAGUGCGCCAGACCGCCACCAGCUCUACCACUGGUUCUCCUGCGAGCACUACAUCCAGCACCAGCAGCUCGACUGCCACUGCCUCGCCCGGUCUGACCGUUGGUGCUAAAGCAGGAAUCGGCAUCGGUGCCGCCGUUGGUGCUGUGGCUGUUAUUGCCGCUGUCGUGGUGUGUGUCAUUUCCCGGAAACACCGGAGUCGUAACAAUGAUCGAAGCCCUUCCCGGUCCCACCUCCAGAUCUCGGACCCGAUGCCUGGCUCGGGCCGCAUCUAUGCAAAUGACGACCGUAGCAAUGGUUACGACAACUCUGAGCUGGAGAUGAAGUCUCGGCGAUACGAAGACAUGGUCCCUCGGCACGUACCUAGGAAUAUGGUUUGA